AUGAGCUCGCUGACAGACUUAACAUCAGUUACCAACGAUGCCCGGGAGAGAUCAGCGAAGAAUGGGGAACUACCUGAUGAGGAGUCACAGCACGUACGUAGCAAUGAUGAACCUAGUAACGCUAAUGCUAUCCGAACCAACAAGGGUGAUAAGUAUAAGGUAGGGGUUGCCGAUUCCUUAAAUUUUUAUGCUAUCCAUCCAACAACUGUACCGCCAUUUGAACUUGAUGCGCAAUUCCAAAAGGCAAAGCUCAAAACAUCAAUGGAAUCAUCUAGAGAAGAACAUAUUGCAAGUUUGAAUGGGAUUAAGAGGGAUCACCAUCAGUUUAGGGAUCAAUUUCUUGUGACUCAUGAUAAUAAAUGGGACAGUUUUAUUGCGAAUAUUGGUUCCAAUGUAGCAUAUUCCAAUAAACAGCGCUAUGUUGUCGAUUCUGAAUCCACAGAUACAGAAUCAUCAGCCCAUAGUUUUGACGGUAGUUUCCGUGAAAAAAAUGCCCACUUCUUGAGCUCCUAUGAUGAUGAAACAAGAAGGAAGAAUCAAGUUGAUGAAGCUGAACGGGAGAGGAAACGUGUCAGGGACGAAAUAUUGGAAGAUUUAACAAGCGAAUGGGAAGGUCAGAAAAGACUGGAUGCCAUAUUCAACUUACCAGUGGUAGAAGAUUAUAAUUUCAAGAAUCAAAAGGAUAGGAAUGAAUGGAUGGAUUAUGUAUCUAAAGUCAAAGAAUUCUAUUAUGGAAAACAUCCAAAGAAAAAGGAUUUGAAUAACCCAUCCCUGUCAGAUAGUAGCUCGAUCAGGAGCAACAGAACAUCACACCGUCAAGAAUGGCUUGAGGAAUUGAAUAAAGAAAAGGAGAAAUUACGUCAGUUAAAGCAGAGAAAGAUACAACAAUGGAGUCCAGGACUAAUACGGCUGGGGCUAGACAAUCAGUAUCUCCCAUUAGGGUUUAGGAUCGUCAUUGGGAUUCUUUGCCUUAUAUCGUUAGGACUAGCUGUAAGGAUUUUCCAGAAUUCUUCUUCUACUAUUCCAUCUAUCUCAAGAUCCAUACCGCAACAACCAAGCACUAUUAUGGCAAUAGUUGUCAAUGCUGUCGCAACUGUCUAUACUAUCUACAUUGCUCAUGAUGAGUUUUCUGGGAAACCAAUUGGAUUAAGGAACCCUCUUCAUAAAAUCAAGCUAAUCUUAUUGGAUUUACUCUUCAUUAUAUUCUCUAGUGCAAAUCUAGCACUGGCAUUUAAUGCAAGAUAUGAUAAACUAUGGGUAUGUACAGAUGACGAGGAUACGAUUCAUACCGUUCCAAAAGUCUCAUAUAUAUGUCGAAAACAAAAGGCAUUAUCUUCGUUUUUAUUCGUCGCCUUAUUCAUGUGGGUGGUAACUUUCACAGUCAGUAUUGUCCGUGUUAUUGAAAGAGUAAGUUCCUCAUCAAGAGAUUAA